AUGCCCAACCCGCAAGGCAAAAACGGGAGAGGUGUUGUUAGUCCUCCAGAUGCAAUCAUAAGACCGCUUGUAGAGCAGUAUGUUGCCAAUGGUUACAGCAAUCAAGAGAUCAUCUCUCGUCUUCGGGCACACCAGGAGACUAGCAAGUUCAAUAUAUCUGGGGAGUUACGUCCUGCCCGUGGUCAAGCACACACAAUUGAAAGCAUUGGACCUGCCAUCGAGAGUGGCUCGCACGACAUGAAGCAAACCCUUAGGCAAGAGGAACAUCUCAUGGUUCCACGAGACUUAAUACUGCGGUACAUGAACCUUCACCAUCCAGAUGAAGUUCAGCGCCGGAAGAGUCGCCGGCUCAAACGCAGCACUUUUUGGACUGCAGGUCUUCACGACAUUUGGGUUUUUGACCAACACGACAAGUGGCGUCGUUUUCAGCUCUUCCUACAUGUUGGUAUCGAGCCGUUCUCAGGGCGAAUACUCUGGCUCAAGAUCUGGUGGACCAAUCACAAUCCACGCUUGAUCUGUGGCUGGUAUUGUGACACGGUCCAAAGCCUUGGAGCUAUGCCUCUCGUUACCCAAAGUGAUCCGGGCACAGAGAACAACGGGAUUGCGAACGGUCACACCAUGCUUCGUCAUCUUCAAGAUCCAGGUCUAGCACGCACCCUGCAGCACAAGUUCAGAGGCGACCAUCGCAAUAUAAAGCCAGAAAUUUUCUGGAGCCAAUUGCGCUGUCGCUGGACUCCGGGUUUCGAAGAUAUUCUCGAUUUCGGUUUGAGUGCAGGCAUCUAUAACCCGGAUGAUGCACUCGAAAGACUUGUAUUUCACUUUGUUUUCAUUCCGUGGCUCCAGCAUGAGCUCGAUCUUUUUGCCGAUAAGUUCAACAACACUAAACCCCGCUUCAACAUGCACAAAAUCCUACCACAUGGUCGCCCCAAUGAUAUCUUCGAUUGCCCUGAGAAAUUUGAUUGUCGGGACUUCUCUGUAAGCUGUCAGACACAUUCUUGUCCAUAUAUUAAUGAGGUCCGGAAAACAUACGCUCCUUCCGAUCACCCCGUUUUUCUCUUGGUACCCCAGGAAUUCUCCCAGCAGGCUACGGCAUUCAUGUCUGAGCUCGGUCAUACUGUACUGACUCGUGACAAUAUCUGGGACGUGUAUUCAGGUCUUCUUAUGUGCUUUCGAGCCAUUGAAGGCGAGGAUCCCAUUCGAAGUGUCAUCACCGCACAGCCAAAGAUCCCAUGCGACGGUGAAAAACUAAUUGGGUCUGAGGAGAUGGAUGUUCUGGAUUUACCGCCAUUUGUUGAAGGGGCUGGAUAUCGUGUACCCACUGGUGAAUCUGCGGCAGUCAACUCAUCAGAUGAAGAGUCUGACUUCUACGAGUUUACCUGGACAGAUGAGGAGGCAAUUUAG